GCAGCCUGGGUUAGUUGGAGCAGCUACUGACUGUUGUUGUUGUAGCUAACGGUGUACUUACAGGAGCUUAACUACCCGUCGCGGUACAUAAUAUCCCCCCGUCGGCUCUGCUGACUCUUCAGAUGAGCGUUUAGAUCAUAUAUAACUCUGGCAGUCAGUUGACAGCAAAGAGCAACACUGUUUGUGCUUCUUCAGCACAGCUAGCAUUAGCUAGCGGAGCCCGCAGCAGUGCUAGCCAGCUAGUUGCGUAGCAGCGAUGGAGUGGCUGGGUAACGGCGCUUCAGUUUACCACGAUGAAGAGUCGAGCAGUGACCCAGCCUCAACAGCUAAGGGCUUCAGCGGAGUUUAUCCUCACCAGCAGUCGCCAUCGUCGCACAUUUGUGAUUGUGCCAUGGCGUCACUGUGCCAGGGCCAGCAGCGCUGUGUGAAGGCCUCCAUCGUCUCCAGCUGGCGACUGGCCGAGGCCCAGGAUCAACUCUGCUCUCUGGGCGUCCACAGCUCCGAGUCCCUGGAGCAGGAACGUGCUCGGACUCUGGCCUGCCCGACCGAACUCACGCACACUGAGGAGGAGUGGCGGCGCAAGGAGAGCAUGCUGGGAGGUCAUGAACCCAGCCGCAGUCCUGUUCUCGGAGCCGUCAGAAGUUGGGAUGUUUUUGAUAAGAGUAUCAUCAACGUCCAAAAUCAACCUGCAGAAAUGGAUCAGGAAAAGUGCAAGACGUUUCUCCAAAAGUAUGACCAAGAGCUCAGGCAUUUUGGUAUGUUGCGGAGAUGGGACGACAGUCAGCGGUUCCUCGCAGACAUGCCUCAGAUCAUCUGUGAGGAAACGGCCAACUACUUAAUUCUGUGGUGCAUUAGACUACAGCAAGAAGGGAAAGAAGCACUGAUGGAGCAGGUGGCGCACCAAGCUGUAGUUAUGCGAUUCAUCCUGGAGAUGGCCUCGAACUCUCAGCAGGAUCCUCGAGGCUGCUUCAGACAGUUCUUCCACAAAGCCAAAGAAGGACAGGACGUCUACUUAGAAGUCUUCCAUACAGAGCUUGAGGCCUUCAAACACAGAGUGAAAGAAUCCACAGUGAAGUCUAGAGGUGAAGCACUCCACAACGUCGAACAACCGAAAACUGGCACAAACUGCAGACUCGAUCCCAAAGAAGCCCUGGACUGUUUACCUCUAGUGUCAGAGUAUCCCCUGAAGCGUUGUUUAGAUGCUGGACUGUGGACAAGCACAGGGAGGUGGACAAAGGACGACGCUACAGAAACAGACGAUAUACGCAUGAUGGAGACCUCCUAGGGAUUGUAGGGUCGGCCCCGGCUUGUCCUCCCAUCUCCACCGUCUCCGCUUAUAGGAACAACCUGAGUUUUAAAGCCGCCUUUACUCAGCAGGCUAGGCUGAAUAACAGCAGUGCAGAGCAGGAAUAAAAGGAGACAUGAUCAGUCUUUUAUGCUGCAGGUAAUAAUGUUUUGCCGAUGACCAACGUUCCUCAGUGUUACGCCACUGUGGCUGGCCUCUGGCGAGUUCCUGCAGUGUGUCAUGACGGCUAAAUGCACAUGGUGUGCCAUAAUCCUGGUUUUACAGAUGGAGUUGUGAUAUCCGUCAAGCUGGUUCCUUUUUAUUUCUCCGGAAAAAGAGAAACCUCCUUACAUGGAAGCAAAACAAAAUAACUCAUUUAAAUCCAGACAAUACAAAGAAUACUAAAACUAAGUCUUUAUGUACCAAAUCCAAUGUCUGAAUUAGGACUUUUAGGAAUGUUGUUAUAGCUGCUUAAAAUGAAUCGUGAGAAGCAUGCCAACGAGACUAGACGGUCUGCUUAAACAUUUAUUAAGGCAAAGUGUCUUAAAGCAACAUGUAAAACUACCUGAUCAUGUAUCAGAAUACAGUAGCUACUGUAAAAUCCAGAGAAGGCGGUCGUUCUGCAGUUAUGUAUCGUGCAUGAUACAGUUUACCCGUGGUGUUGUGUCUGGAAUGAAAGAGAAAUGUCUUUACUGGCGACUUUCAGACUGGUCUUAAUAUUUGGUAAAGGCAUUCAUGGCAUCAGAUGUUUUUAUUAUUGUUUCAUUGGUUUACUAAAAGCUAACCUGCUAGCUGUAUGCUAAUGAGCAAAGAGCAGUUUUCUGUUUUAAUGGCGUAUGGUCUGAAUCUGUAACAAAUGCAGAGAACAAGAGUGCUCCAGUUGUGCGUACUUAGAUUUGGGUUUUCUCCAGCGACUUGUUAGACUAGAAUUAAAUUACAAUGUGGGAGUAAAAAGGUUGGUUUAAAAGGUCGGCUUCACCCUGCAGGCCUUGGCUCUUACAGAGCUCAGACUCACAACUCAUCUGCAUGUAUGGAGUUGGAAUAAAACCACAGGUCUCUCGGAGUCAUUAUCAGGAGAGCGUAAAUAAUGCAAUGGCUGGCUGGGCAGUUGGCUGCAGAGUUGUCUAAAAUGAGCAGACAACAGGGAGGCUUCAAGAUUGUAUGUUUUUUGAGUUUUAAAUCAUUACCUGAUUGUUGCCAUUUCAUGUUGUGACAGAAAGGCCAUUGAGAGCUGCCUCUCUUGCUUGAAGUACGACAAGAGAUUGAUGAUUGAUUGGUUAUCUUUGCACGCUAUAGCUUCAAGAGUGGAACAGUUGUCAUUUAUGCAGAAAGACGACGCAAGUGGGUCAUAAAUAAGGUUUUCUGGGGUGGGGGGGGGGUAGUAGAGUAUUCUUAGUAUUGUCUGGAGAGGUGUGUAAGUAAUCAGACUACCUCCUUUAAAUCUGCCAUUAACAUGCAUCUUCUCCUGAUAUACACAAUGCCUACAACAUCACUUUGUUUUGAUGAUUAUGUGAGACCUAUACCAACUCAGCAUUUAUUACAAAACACUCAGAUGUUGAUGCAUUUUAGAGGGACGAAGUCGGCCCAAAUAUAUG